UGGCGGAAGUGGGAAGAGGCUGUGGCGUCUCUGCGCGUUCGCCAUCGGGAUCAGUUCCGGGGCCGGGCUAUGCUGCAAACCGGUGAGGAGCUUUGCGCAGCUCAAAGACAUGCAUUUUUUCCGGAGACGGGGAUGAGGAGAGCGUGAUCAAAGUGGAUGUCGGCGCCGUUCGAGGAGCGGAGCGGGCUGGUGCCGUGCGCCACUCCCUGGGGCCGCUGGUACCAAACCAUGGAAGAGGUGUUCAUCGAGGUGAACGUGCCCCAGGGGACCCGCGCGCGCGACGUCGAGUGUAGCCUGAAGAGUCGGCAUCUGUCGCUGACGGUGGCUGGCAAGGAGGUGCUCAAGGGAAAACUCUUUGAUUCUACAAUAGCUGAUGAAGCAACAUGGACGCUAGAGGACCAGAAGCUGAUACGAAUUGUCUUGACAAAAACCAAUCGUGAUGCUGGAAAUUGUUGGAGUUCUUUGUUGGAGAAUGAGUAUGUUGCUGAUCCUUGGGUCCAGGACCAAAUGCAGAGGAAGCUGACGCUGGAAAGGUUCCAAAGAGAGAACCCUGGAUUUGACUUCAGCGGAGCAGAAAUUUCUGGAAACUAUAGCAAAGGCGGGCCAGACUUCUCUAGUCUUGGAAGAUAGCUGUGUAUUUUUCAAAUGUAUUUUCUUGAAUUAAAAUUGUAAAAGUUAUGGGAUAUAGCUUGGCCAAAGAAUUCAAUUGUGUGAAGUAGGGUUCAGAAUAUUUUUCUGCUUUUUCUAGACAGCUUUUAGACCACAAAACCAUAAAGGCUUUUGCUUAAAUUGUACUAACAUGGUAAUGAAUAAUAAAUACUUGACACAUACAUACAAUUUACACAUCAGUAUUAUUUGUACAAUGGCACUGCUUAUCAAGACUGAGAAUUCAUUUUCAACAGCUUUAAUUAAAAAACUGUUGUGCGAGCUGUAAGUUGUCUUGAAGAGACAUAGGCUGCUUUCACACUGUACUUUAUUUUGUUAUUCUGACAAUUUCUUACCUGGUAAUUAGCACAUUAUAUUUGAUCUUUCACACAACGUAUAAACUAGCUCCGGAAUUCUAGUGGAAUGUAGUGGAAGUUUAGUGCAAAUUUCCAUGAUAAAUGAUACCCGAAAUAAUCCGUUAGCAAGGCUGUGAACCUGGAAGAUUGCAGGAGUUUUUCACUAGCUGCAGCUGCUCACGUGACAGGCAUCCCAGCAUGCAGUGUGUUCCCGCCUUUUAGUUGUGCUGGUUUUUUGUUUUGCUUUUUGCCUGACAAAUGUACUGGUAUUCCGGCAUCGGCACAGACAGCAGCAGCAUUUCCCACACACACACCCGUGUUGAUACAACUAAAACAAUUUAAAAAGUCAGAUCCUAAAGGGAGAGGGCUUGCAUGGCAACAGGACGAGAUCUUAGACCUCCUACACAGGGGGAACAGUGCGCAUGUGUAUAAUGGGUGCGGGAUGAAAAUGAGGCGUUCAUUGCAGCUGUGUGAAAGACCAUUGCACAAAAAGCCGGUAUAUCGGCUGAAAAAGCUGCUGUUCCUUAACACAACAGGUACUGCAGUGUGAAAGGGAUUUUAGCAAUCGGGACGGAAGUGCUACCUUUUUAAUCAGUUAAACUAACGCAAGCAGCCAUAAACUGCAUAAUUCAUUGGGUUAGGAAUACUACCACCUACAUGCUCCAGGCUUUUAUUUUGAUAGCAAACUGCCACUGUUAGUAAAGUGAUUUUUGAAAUGACAUCCUUUGUGUUCUGUGUUGUGAUAUAGGAAAGGCACAUUAUUUUAAAGACUGGAUAAUUAAAAGCAAUUUGACAUGCUGUUGUGAUUCUGUAUGACACCAACUCAGUUGACCCAAGUCCAAUACGGUUAAUGUGGAAGUGGCUAUAGCCCCAGUGUGAAACACUGGCCCAGGGAGUACUAAAAGCUGCCUCCCAGAAGUCCCAUUUUCCUGAGCAAGCAGGGAGCAAGGAAAGAGGAAUCACAGCAUUUUCCAGAGAAAUGACUCUUGAGAACAACCAGUGAAUCUACAGCCUACCUUGGAAUGUAUUUGAAGGUAUUCUAUGGCUUCCACCAACUCUGGCAGUUUUUCUUCAGCUUCCAGGGCCAAUAUUGAGAGAGCCAACACAGAUGGCUGAGGAACAGACAAAGCAAUUAAGAUUACAACCACUUCUCUUCAGCUUCUGCAGAAUAUUUACAAGUACUAAUAAUUAAGAGCCUUACCUUUGCUUUUGAAAGAACAAUUCUGCAGUGACAUGCCUUCAACUGGGCUUCAAGUCUCUCUGAAUUAAGAUGUUUCUUCCUGUAAGAAAGCACAUUCUAGUUUAUCAGAUUCUAAUCUUUGCAGACAAAAUCUGCAUGGCAAAGUUCAUCUUACUAUCUUGGAACAGCAACAAGGUAUUUUAAGUAACUGUAGUAAUAUUUAUUUUAUUUUGUUAUUUGUAGGAGUAUUUCUAAACCGCUCAUUAAAAAAAUCAUGGUGGUGUACAAUAAAAUCAUUACACCAUGAAGUUAUACAAUACAAAAGAACAAUGAAUCAAGUCAUUAAAAAACACUUGUCAUACAAAAAAAUCAGCAGGCAACAAAUCAUCACAAUUAUAAGUCCCUGUCUGAUUUCAAUUGAAAUAGUGUUCCAAGGUACUGGUGUCACUAUGCAUGAAGUCUUAGCUUGCGUAAAAACCAAAGGAAUAUGCAAUAACUGCAGGAACCAGGAGGGCUUCUCCAGAUGAUUGCAAUGAUUUGACUAGUGUAUAAGGGACAAGGUGGUUUAACUUCUGAAAGUAAACCUCUGAGUAGUUGUUAAGUUUUGCAACACAGCCUGAUACAUUGUCAGUUGCCAGCUACAGGACAGCAUUUUGUUACUAGUGCUUUUAAUUCAUAGAGGGUAUUAUGUGUUGCUUUGGAACUUGAGAAAUAAGUACUGCAGUAGUCUUGACCCAACUUAGGUUCAGCUAGUUAGGCAAAAUCUCCACAAAACUGGGAUAGCACCAGACAAGUAAAAAAAAAAAUUCCAUGAACUGGAAAUGUAGCCAACUUGUUUUAGAAAACUUUCAGUUUUUAUAUUCAAGUUUAUUUUCAUACAUUCAUAUCCCACCUUUCAGCCUUCAUGGAACCCAAGGUGGUGUUUCCAGAUGGCCACCCAUCCAAGCACUGACCUGACCAAAACCUACUAAGCUUCAGCAAGGUGGUACCCUCGUGCCUUCAAACCAUACUCUGGCCCAUAAAUAAGAUAUGGAAUUAUAAAUAUAAAAAUGUGUGACAAUACUAUAUUCUCAUAAACUCAUAUUGAACAAGUAAAAAUCAAGCUUUUU